CUCAUCGCUGAACUUUUACUUCAGUAUCCUCUCUAAAGACGACAAUGAGUCUCACCGCUAAGGACAAGGCCAUGGUCAGGGCCUUCUGGGCUAAGGUGUCCGGCAAGGCUGAGGACGUCGGAUGCGAUGCUCUUUCUAGAAUGCUGGUGGUGUACCCCCAGACCAAGACAUACUUCUCCCACUGGCCGGACCUGAGCCCCGGUUCUGCCCCGGUCAGGAAGCAUGGCAAGACUAUCAAGAUCGACGACCUCACGGCAGGUCUCCUCACCCUCAGCGAGCUGCACGCCUUCCAGCUGUGUAUAGAUCCAGCCAAUUUCAAGAUCCUGUCCCACAACAUAUUGGUGGUGCUGGCCAUUUUGUUCCCCGCUGACUUCACCCCAGAGGUUCGUGUGUCCGUGGACAAGUUCCUGGCCGCACUGGCCCUGGCUCUGGCCGAAAAGUACAGAUUAAUUGUGGGGCAUCAUCAGACCAGACAUAUGGCAGCAUGUGCUCAAUGCUCUGUCUUGUUCUAAAUUAUGAAUAAAUGUUCAA